UCUCUCUCUAGUAAUGUGUUUCAGGGCUAUGCAGUGUGUGUGUAUAGUAUGGCUGAUAUCCGUGAAGCAUUUAAUGGGCCAUUUGCUCAUAAAGAAAGGCCGGACUAUCAGUGGGGACCUUACGAAGGACGAGUCCCUUACCCGAGACCAGGAGUGUGCCCUAGUAAGAUCACGGCCCAGCCUGGUCGUGCCUUCCGUAGCACACUGGAGUUUCCAGAUUCUGUUCUGCAAUUUGCUCGAACACACCCACUAAUGUGGCGUCCCAUUUACCCAUCACAACGGCAACCACUGCUGCUCCGCACCGGCGCCCCAUACAGGCUCACACACAUCACCGUAGACCGCACACAGGCCGAGGACGGAUACUAUGAUGUCAUGUUCAUCGGCACUGAUAUUGGGACUGUGCUAAAGGUUAUCGUACUUGGCAACAGUAACUCUCUCACCAACGAAGAGAUCACUCUGGAGGAAAUGCAAGUGUUCAAGGUACCCACUCCCAUAACCUCCAUGGACAUAUCUGUGAAAAGGCAAACUCUGUUUGUGGGUUCACAGACAGGUGUUGUCCAGGUGCCUCUGCACCGCUGCAGUAUGUACGGUAAAGCUUGUGCCGAGUGCUGCCUGGCUCGAGAUCCAUACUGUGCCUGGGACGGACACACCUGCACACGCUACCUGCCAAACACAAAACGACGUUACCGAAGACAGGACAUCAAACAUGCAAACCCAGCACUGCAGUGCAUGGACCAAAACCCCAGCGUGGAGGACCUAGAGCUGACUGAAGAACGGGUCGUUUACUGCACUGAGAACAACAGCACCUUCCUGGAGUGCAUCCCUCGAUCGCCACAGGCCACGGUCACAUGGCACAUCCAGAGAGAUGACUACAUGGAGGAGGUGGUAUUGGAUGAACGCAUCACUAAGACAGACGAUGGUUUGUUGUUCCGCCGUGUGCUCCGUCAGGACGAAGGCAUCUAUGUGUGUCGAUCUCGGGAACACGGAUUCACACGAACCCUCGCACGCUUCUGGUUGGACGUCUUACACACCGACACCCUUUCGGACCUCCUGUCACGUAACAGCAAAUAUAAAGUAUGGUCGCCGUGCCCUGCCAACACAGCCUCUACCAAUCGUGGCCCGGCCAGGGCGUGGUUCAAGGACGUCUUGCAGCUGAUUGGUCCUUCAAACCUGCCGCAGGUGGAGCAGUACUGUGAACGUGUUUGGUGUAAUGAGAAGCUGAGACGCAAACACAAAAACAUGAUGGACAAAUAUCGGCAAGCGCAGGACUCUGUGCGGAGAGCACGAGUCCAAAAGAGCACAGGAGAAUCCCGAAUCCGCUCUCCACGGGACCUCCACUCGCAAGAGUAAAAUACAGAGCCACAUGAAGCAAUAUAGACUUCCAAUAGAAAGUGGACUUGAUUUUUAGAUACGCUCAUACACACACACAUAAGCAUACUUGUUUUGGUUUGUGGUGAUGUAAAAUAUUAUGGGCUUUGUGUCUAACAAUCCAAGAUAUCUCUGUGUUAAAUUAGGGCAUUCUUGAGCAUCCUUUCCAAAAGUUCCUGUGACCACGGCAGCCGGCUCUCAUCAUCUCACAGUAGACCAUGGCCGAUGUUAUACAUCUCACACAGCAGCUGCAAAACCUUUUUACUGGAACAAAUGGAACUAGUAGAUUGGAGCGCUGCCCCUGCUAUAACAGGUGCCAAGAAACAUACAUUCAUUUAAGAUACAUCUGGAUCUGAUACAGCUGAGUGUAAUACUCAGAGACUUUUCCUCAACUGAGAACUAUGGCAGCAUUCAACAAAACUCAGCUUGCCGGUACAUUAAGCUGUAAAGAAAUAAACGUUUGGACUAAUUAGACUAUUGUCUUGUAACUGAAUCAUAGGGUGACGACCGUUGAGACUUCAACAGAACGUAAUCAUCUAGAAACACUUUGCAAUCAUGAGCUUCAGAACUUUGUACAGGGUUCGUUUCUUUUCAGUUUUUGUGAUGUAAAGUUUUGGUAACACUUUAUAGUAAGGUAUGAGUUAUAAAUUAAUGCAUUAGCUAACAUGAAAUAACAAUGAAUUUUACAGCAUUUAUCAAUCUUGGUUUUUAAUUUUUUUUAUAAAUGUUUUAUUACAUGCUUGUUUUUUUCACAUUGUAUAAAAUCACAUUAAUUUAUUAUGAAUGUGAAUUAGCAAUGAACAAUAAUAUAUUUAUAAAUUAACAUUAACCUAAACUAAUAAAUGCUGUAAAAAAUUGUUCAGUGUUCAUGUUAUUAUGUGGCUCGUUGGAAUGCACGACUCUGAUUGGUCAAUCACAGCAUUCUGUCGUCCAUGGCAACACUGCAACUAAAACUAGCCUAAGUACUUCACUACAGACUUUCGCUUUCUUUUUUCACAGAAACGCUAAUGGUGCCAUGUUGUGUGUCAGUUUUCAGUCAUAGUGAAAAUGACCUCAGAGAACUUUAUAUUACUGCAAUAUAACUGCUGUGUCAUGUACACUUGUUUAUUUCUUUGGUGAAAAACUAAUUUUGCCACAACGACCGCCUGACUGUACAUCACUCCCAAACUGAACCUUAUUAUAAAGCAUUUCCACGUUUUAAAUAUAUAGCAAACUCCAAUGUAAAAUUAGACAGUUGAUGUUUUACUAUUUAUUCUUUGAAACGCUGUUCAGCAGCUGCAGUGGCCUUGAUAUGAACAUCUGUGUCCUGUUUCACUGUUCACUUACUCUAGUUCACUUGUUUCUUUGUACACCUAGACUAAAAACUCCUGCAUCACUUGAACCAUUUGUUUAUUUAUAUUUAGAAAGGUCUGGAAAAAAAUAUACCGCUUUCUCUAAAAAACUUAGUUGUUUCUACAAAUCUUUCCUGGAGAGCAACCGUUUGGCUGCAAACUUUCUCCAGUGUCUAUUCAGAACUUCAGGGAAAAAUGUGCAAACCGCUGGAGCAAAUCGAGAAAAAGAAACAAGCUCACUUAUAAUUUUCUGUUCAGUGCCCUGACGUGACUGACUGCAUAGACCAGUUGCACUGAAACUGCUUUUAGUGAAUGUACAGCAGCACUGCUCUGAUUUGAACUGCUUGUGUCAUUAGUUUUUUUUAAUACAAUAUUAAAACAAUAAUCUGAAAUGAGUUCUGCACCUCCAAAAACAUCAACAACACAAUUCCUCUUUUUUACUGUCUUUAAAUCAGUUUUGAUUUUAGCUCAUUUUCUCUGUAAAUAAAAUAGACACAAUGCAUUGUUUUAGCUAGUGUGUCUGAUAUAUUUAUGUUAUUUAAAAGGGAUUCUUGCAUGCAGAAAACUCUGACCUGUGUUUGGUUCAGUGAUACAUAAAUAAAAACGUUUUACAGAGAGUUUUAUGGGUUUGU